AGGUUUGGGCGCUGAAAUCCAAGUAUAGUGACCUGAAAUCGACAGAACGAGUAGCGCACAGAAGCUAGCAGACAGUUGUCGAAAUGUAAGGAAUUAAGAUUUUUCUUCAACGCUGGUUAUUUUUGAAAAUCGUAGAUGUACCACGACGACCGCCAUAUCUCCUCGCCUUAUUCGACUUUGCGACGCGGCUACGGACAGACCUGAGUCCGGAUGCCGUCGAAAUCCAAGGAUCCUGAUACCGGGGAUCGAAAGUCCGUGACGGAUAAAUCUCGCUAUGAAGACCAGAAAUCAUUCGACCACGAGCUGAUCAAGCGCUUCAGCGAUCCGUCGAACACAAAGUCUAUCAUUCAGCUCCGAAAGGAACUGAAUGCAGAAUGGGGGCAGCUGCCGGCGAAGCCCCGUUCGACUUCUAAGAGCACUGGGACCACUCCGAGUCCCAAAAAGCCUCGAAAUGCGACCCCGAAAUCAUCAAGAAGGUCCCCGACUGCAACCAAGUCCGGUUCCAGCGGUUCGAGUGACAACUCCACCGCCGCGAGCUCUACAGCGCCAAACAAUUACCCGAGUAACUCCUCUGCCGGUGCACGGGCGGGUGAAGGAGAACAUCGGAUGGAGCCCAUAGAGCAGCAGGUGGUGAUUUUGGCUGAUGCAGAAUUACAAGCGGUCCCAGCAGGUGAUGAUGUUGGUCGGCAGGCGGACGAAGACACGCCGAGAGAGCUCGAGGGACUGGUAUACAAAUUUAAGUACUUCAACAUGUUAUACAGGUUGCGCUUGCGAAAAUAUGGUGGCAUGAGUCGAGGUUGUUAUUGCCUACGAGAAAAAAAAAAUCUUCCAGCGUGACGAGAACAUGAAGCUGCGGCACCUGCUCUGUAUCCAGUGCACAUUUUUGCUUAUACGUCUUUCUGGCCGCUUACCCUUUGUGUGUCUCUCGGAAAUAUGGUUCCCAAUGUGCGAUGAGUGCUUAUUGUAGCGUUUGUAAAAUCUUCGAAACUAAAACAGAAAACACGAAAGCAUGAAUCUGUAUGUGUAAGCAGAUGCAGUUUAUUUCUACUGAGACAGAUUAAUCUGCUGCUGGAGGGCGCUACGCCAAAAAUUAGCCUGGAUACCAAACGUGGUGCUCGGCGUUGUUCUGCUGCUCGGCUUAGGGCUUUUGAUCCAGAGCAUUUUCGGCUCCGCGAGUACUACGACAUCCCGCCCGCCGCCCCCGGAUGUGCACGCAGCGACGGGUAGUCGGCCAAACUCUGGUACGGACUACAACCCGAGCUUUGGGCAAAAAAUCGCAGCCCAGGUGUCCAAGUAUUUUGGUAACGGCGGAGUCUACCGACGGGUUUACGCCACUGAGAAGAACCAAGGCGAUGAUCGUGGCUUAUAAGAACAGGCGAACGCGAAAUAAGAGCGAGGAGAAAAAACUUUCCCUGAAUUUGAUCCCUCGCGCAAACUGAAAAACUAGAUCUUUGAAGCUAAGGCAAGUAAGUACUCGUGCUUCGAAUCAAUGACUGUCAGGAAGUGUACCUUAUCUUGCAUCUGCUUGUUGUCUUUGUCUAAGUCUACCUAGUAGUUCUACUUCGGGUGCCUCUUCCACUAUUUGCUAAGAUGUAAUGUAUGAGGCUCUACAAGUACAAAUACAAUGUCGAGCAUUCGCUUUGUUUCAUCACUUGAAUACAAUUACUUACAAGAAACGGAGGCUCAAUCCAUGCCAUGCGAACUCAACAAUUCUUCUAUUCCACCAACGCGCUGCAAAUAAAUGAUCUGUGCAUAAACGAACUUUCCG